CACCGGAAUAGCUAUCCCCUCCCUCUCUCUCUCUCUCUAUCUCUCUCUCUCUCUCUCUCUGGUAUUGUAUUAUAUACUCUGUUUUGAUCUUCUUUCUGUGUUUGAAGUCAACCUGAUAGACAAUCGAGGAAGAAAGAAAAACAGACGAUAAUGGCGAAAGAGGAGGUAUUCAUUGGCUCGAUCGAUCAAGGAACCACCAGCACCAGAUUCCUCAUCUACGACUCCCUCGCUCGUGCCAUUGGAUCUCACCAGGUCGAGUUCACUCAGUUCUACCCGGAAGCCGGAUGGGUUGAACAUGAUCCGAUGGAGAUUCUGGAGAGUGUGAGAAUGUGUAUUGCAAAAGCUAUUGACAAGGCCACUGCUGAUGGUUACAACGUUGACAGUGGAUUGAAGGCUAUUGGUCUCACCAAUCAGAGGGAAACUACGGUAGUUUGGAGCAAAUCGACUGGGUGUCCUCUCAAUAACGCCGUCGUUUGGAUGGAUGUUCGCACCAGUCCUAUAUGCAGGAAACUAGAGAACGAUUUACCAGGUGGAAGAACCCAUUUUGUGGAGACAUGUGGGCUGCCCAUAAGUACUUAUUUCAGUGCAUUGAAACUAUUGUGGUUGUUGGAAAAUGUGGAUACUGUCAAAGAAGCUGUGAAAAAAGGGGAUGCUCUGUUUGGAACCAUAGACACAUGGUUGAUUUGGAAUUUAACUGGAGGGAUUGAUAAUGGUUUACAUGUCACUGACGUGUCGAAUGCAUCGAGAACUAUGCUUAUGAAUCUGAAAACACUUGAUUGGGAUAAACCUACAUUGAACACAUUAAGAAUUCCAGCAGAAAUUCUUCCUAAAAUUGUUAGUAACUCUGAGAUCAUCGGAAAUAUAGCGAAGGGGUGGCCAAUUCCCGGAGUUCCAAUUGCUGGAUGUCUUGGUGAUCAACAUGCCGCAAUGGUGGGGCAAGCUUGCCGGAAAGGCGAGGCCAAAAGCACUUAUGGGACUGGGGCUUUCAUUCUUCUCAACACUGGCGAAGAGAUAAUUAAGUCCAACCAUGGGCUUUUAAGUACUUUAGCAUUUAAGCUCGGACCCAAUUCUCCGGCAAACUAUGCUCUAGAAGGCUCAAUCGCUAUUGCAGGAGCUGCAGUUCAGUGGCUUAGAGAUAGUCUUGGGAUAAUUAAGACUGCAAGCGAGAUUGAGGCGUUGGCAUCGCAGGUUGACUCCACAGGUGGAGUUUAUUUUGUGCCUGCAUUUAAUGGAUUGUUUGCUCCAUGGUGGCGCAAUGAUGCUCGAGGGAUCUGUAUCGGGAUCACAAGGUUUACAAACAAGUCUCACAUUGCUCGGGCUGUGCUUGAGAGUAUGUGCUUUCAGGUGAAGGAUGUGCUGGAUUCGAUGCACAAGGAUGCAGGAGAAAAGGGUGAGGUUAGAAAUGAAAAGGGGGAGUUUUUGCUUAGAGUUGAUGGUGGUGCUACAGUCAAUAACCUUCUGAUGCAAAUUCAGGCAAACUUGUUGGGUAACCCAGUGGUGAGACCAGCUGACAUAGAGACAACAGCUCUUGGAGCAGCCUAUGCUGCUGGAUUAGCUGUUGGGGUCUGGACUGAAGAUGAAAUUUUUUCUUCUGGGGAAAAGAUGAAGAAAGCUACCAUUUUCAAUCCAAAUUUAGAUGAAGGACUGAGAAAGAAAAAGGUGGAGUCUUGGUGCAAAGCUGUUUCAAGGACUUUUGAUUUGGCUGAUCUCUCUCUGUGAUUCAACCUUUCUCUUUGCUCAGUGGCCAUCCUCUUUCUAGUUUCACUUCUUUAUGCUCCCUUUUCAUUUUUCGGAUACUUGAUAUACUAGUUUUUUUUUUCCUUUGAAUAAGUUAGAUCUAUGGAGGGUUGUGUGAAUAACACAUUCUCCUGCUAAGGUUCCAUUUCUGACUGACACCUUAGCGUUUAAGUAUUCAACUGCAUGCACCCUGCAGCAAAUUUGCUUGAUUCAUCUUAAUACACGAGACUUUUGUCAUUAUUAGGUUUGAUACCUUUCAACCUCCUAAGAGAGUAUCUCUUAUUUAAUUGCCAUGCAACCCUUUUAA